AAAAACACCCUAAGUGAAAUUGACGCACCGUCUAAGUACGAAUAUAAGAAACAUUCGAUUAAAAUCCAUAACGAUAUUAAUUUCGAUUAUCGAAACGAGAUUCCCAAAAGAAUAUCUAUCACGACGAACUGUCCGAGACGAAAGUGAGUUUUUUCUGUGGGGAAAAAUAAAAAAAAAAAAAGAAAAGUAAAAAGAACGGUAAUCAAGAUUCAUAUCUUGGGAUAAUUUUCUUCGUUAAAAAAAAAAAAAAAAAGAAAAAAAAAAGAAAGAAAGGAAGAAAAAAAUCAUUUUUUUAUAUAUAUAUAUAUAUAUAUAUAUAUAAUAUAUACUGCAUAUUUUUGGAACAACAAUAGUGAACAUCUGCAAGUAUAAAAAUAAAUUUGGAUAAUUCGUCAUAACCUCUUAUAACUCAAAGAUAUUUCUAACGGAACGAACACUCAUAUGUUCAAUAUUUCUUUGAUUGAUAAUAAUAACUCUCGACAGAUUUGUCGAGUUAACGUUUCAUUUUGGAAAUGAAUUCGAUAAUCGAUCGAAACGUACCACCUGAUAUUUUACAAUGCCACCUAGGCCAAUUCAAUGCUCGUUUAGGAUUAUCUGGAUAAUGACACAGGUGAUCGUUAAUUUAUUAAGUCCAUACACUACGUUGUUACAAUUUUCUACGUAUGGAUCGUCGAUCGAUGAUCAUCAAUUUCCAUAUUUACAUCCAUCCGAAAAUCCUGAUUGUCAAUUUCGUGUAUCUAAGCGAGAAUUUUAUGAUCAAACUAUUCAAUAUCAACGAAGAUUUCCAAUUGAUCGAGAACCGUCGAUCGAGAUCAGAGCGAUUUUAGUUCGUUGUUCUGAACCAUCCGAAGAAAUAUUCGAUGAACGUGCAGGAAUGAAUUAUAUUAAUAAAAAUGAAACGUUCUAUGAGAAUUUCGAGACAUCGUCAGAUCGUGAACAAAUACAUAAUUGUCGUCGAAAGUUGAUCAUAACGUUGAAAUUAAAUAACAUUGGAAAGACUAGAACAGAGGAAGAAUACAUAGUAGUCAGUCAUGCUUUAGAUCCGAUUACAAUGCAGAAAUCACGUUUGCAGAAUCCUUAUGUUAUUAAAGUUCGCCAGGAGUCGGUAUUACAAUUGUACGGCUUGAAAUUUGAAAAGAUUGUCAAUGCCGAAGCAAAGGAGCAGAUUAUUAACAAUCAACAUGUUAAUUAUACGGGAUGUAACGAUGGUAUAGAAAAUCCUACAUGUGGUCUUAUAUAUGAAAAUGGAAAUCUUGUUCCUUUUAGUCAGGGAUUCUGUUGUUCGUGCCAUUCCAAAGCGAAUGCAUCGCGUCAGACGAGAAAAGAACUGAACGAAUCAGUUGGAAAUUUUUCUUCGAAGAUAGAGACGAAAGACAAAAGGAGUGUAAAUAGAUCGAGCAACAGGUCGACGACGUUUCGUAAUGCAUACGAACAAUCCUUCAAUGAUUCCAAAUUAUCAGCUGUUGCACGUAUCGAUAAAACGGAAAGAAUGAAGGAAGGUCAUUUGAUAUACAGCAGUAGACGAUUGAAACAGAAUAAUGUCGGUAAUAAUGUAUCGAGUGUCGAUAAUGAAGGUAACAACAUUGAUAAUGAACAAAUCAAUGUCGGUAAGAAAGAUAUUAAUGUCGAUAAUAAAAAUAUAAUCGCAAAUAAUACGGAUAUCAAUGUCGAUAAUGUAGAUAUUUAUGAAAGAAACGAAGAUAAAAAUAGAUCGAAAAAUAAGCUAACAAUAAAAUCAGAUCUGAUUAAAAAUGAGAAUAUCGAGGACACGACAUCGGCAUUAAUAAGAACUAUUUUAUUUUCUCCGAACAUGCAAAGCAAAGGAAAAAUCGAGCCGUAUAUCGAUAGCAUUAAAGAUCAAGCGAUAAGAGAAUCAAGGAAUUUAAAUGAGAGUUAUAAUAGAGCGUCAAUUAAUUCGAAAAAUUUCGUCGACGAAUCUCGUAUUAUAGUCUCGGGUACUUUAAAUUCGAAAAAUUACGAGGAUCGUAUCGACGACAUCGGCAAAAGCGAACGUAAAAAUUUAAUGGACGAACUGACCGAAUUGGAAAAGGCAUACGAUGCUCUUAAGAAAAUGAGAAAAGAUAAAAGGACGAAUCGUAGUACGAGAAAUACUAAUAAUGUUCUCUCGGUCCUUUCAUCCAACUCAACCGUUAACAAGUCUGCGAACUCUUCGUUUAAUUCCUAUGAAAACUACGUGUUUGCACUUUUAACGAGCCUCUUGACAACGGACGAGGAUAUAUCGAUUAAUCCGAAUAAAAAUAUUAACGUGAUAAAUUAUAACUUUGACGAUAAUCCAACGAUCGUUAAUAAACAAUAUAAUAGUUCUAACAACGAAGGAAGUAUAAAGGAUAAGGAUAAAUUAUUUAUAUUUGCACAAAAACAUAGUAAUAUUACGAUAUUGAUUGAUAGAUAUAAAAGAUCAUCAAAGCGUUUUGAUAGAUCUAAGAAAAUUUAUCGAAAUAAAUUGAAAGAUAAACGAAUAGAUGAAUCGUUCGAUCAUGUCGAUGAUAAAUAUUUCAAUUCGGCUAUAGAUAUCAAUUCCACGGACAAUCCAUUUUUAAAGAAGGAAAAUUCUCAUGAUAAUAAUAUCGAUAAAACUAUCGAAGAGAAAUUUGAUCGAAUAAAGAAAUUUAAAGACAAUAGACUUCCCUUAAACAAAGUAAUACCUUCAAAUAAAUCCUCUUUCUCGUUGAAUCCGGUAAAUGGAGUGGAGAAGUCCACGGAGAGAGCUCAAGAAUCCAGAUAUCGUACAAACGUUCAACCGAGUGCCUGGAAAGCGAGGCAAAUCUCUGAUCUGAUUAUAAGUCGUUCUCGUUUAAAUAGUACGACCGUUGGUAAUCCAAGAAGAAAUGUUGUCCCUUAUCUCGAUCUAGACGAUGCUAAGAUCGCCUUAAAGAAGAUAAAUUCGUCAGGUGGUAGAAACUUGGCGUUAAUUUAUGAAACGCCCGAUAAAAACAACAAAGACGAUUACGACGAUAUUGAUGAUAAAUAUUCGCACGAUCGUCGACGAUCUAUAAGACGAUUAUUAUCGAUCGAUCGUUCGAACAAUAAUUUACGUGGCAUGAAACAUUCCUUAGAAUAUGACGAACCACAAAGUUUUGAAUACGAAGAUUAUAAUUAUCAACAAACCACUCUUGGGAGGGAGAAUGAGGAUCGCGAUGAUCGUUUAAAUGAAAUGAUCGAUCUAAAUACUAUUACUUCGUCGAAACAAAGAAUUUCUAUGAACGAUGAAUUAUACGAGAGUUCCAAUAAUCAUAAAAGCAUUAUGAAUGCUGACAAAUAUAUUAAACAUAUGGCCAGGGUGAUAGCGAAUCGUAGCAAUUCACAUUCUAAAUUGAAUAGAAAUAAAAAUUACAAUGACGAGUUAAAGGUUGUUAAGAAAAAUGUCAUUGAUCUUCCGAUUUAUUCGAAACGCGAUUAUUAUCUGAAUUAUAAUCCUGAAAGAUUAAACGACGUUAGAAAAAUACGAAAGAAUUUUGAUUUUAAUUCGGAUAAUUCUAACGACGAAUUAACUUUAAAUCAAAAUCAAAAGUACGAAGAUCAGAUAUCCUCGUUGGAAAAUAAUAAUCGAAUAUAUCAAACAGAAAAUAAUUUAAGAUACAACGAUCAAUCUCGUUCGACACAAUCAAGAUCCUCUUUCGAAACUUUGGAAAAUGAUUCGAUCGAUCCGAAACAAAUAGGAUAUGAUGUUAAUGAUCAAAAAAACGAAGACAUUGAUAUUUCUGUUAAUGGUAAUAUUCACGUCGAAGGUGGUAUUAAUGGACGUCCAAUAUCAAUUGCUUUCGUUGCUGUACCUGACGUCGAAUCGGACGUAGAUAUGAUAAACAAUGAUAGUUAUUUCAAUGAGCAAAAUUCUAAUUUGAAUGAGAUCAAUGAUCGAAAAGAUUCACCGUUCAAUAUCGAAUCUAACGAAGAAAACGAUAAUUAUUAUUCGGAUUAUUCGGAUGAUGAUAAUCCUGAACUUUCGAGAGAGAUCAAUUUGACUAGGGAGAAAAAGGAGGCAGAAAAUUAUCAAGAAGAUGAUUCGAGAUACGACGAGAAAUUGACUUACGGCAAUGUCACGUUCUUUAGAAUAAUACCGGAGAAACCUUGUCCAUCGUUGUCGUCGUCCUUGGAAAAUAAUUCCUCUAAUAAUUUAAAAAAUACUAAUUCUUAUAAUUCGAAUUUGUAUCUACCAUUUCUUAAUAUUUCUAAUUCUAAUAAUGAUAGUAAAACAACAUCUAAUAUCGAUUUGACAACCUCAAUAAUAUUCACAGUAAUAGUUGAUACUACUACGCCUGAAUCGACUGAAAAAUCGCAAGAUCAAAAGGAAUAUUCGAUCGAGACUACGAAAAUUUCGAAGAUCACUGAAUGUGAAUCAUCGUCCAAGCAACCACCAAUUCAAGUAUUACUAACGGAUAUGCCUGAUACAUUCGUCAAACAGAUUACUAAAUCGACCGAAACGAUAGAAAAGAAUUUGAAUAAAACGACGACGACGACGACAAUAACGACAACAAUGAAAACAACAGCAACAACAGCAUCAACAGCAUCAGCAACAACAACAACAACAGCAGCAGCAACAACAACAACAACAGCAGCAGCAGCAACAACAACAACAACAGAAGCACCAGCACCAACAACAACAAUAACAACAACAACAACAACGACAUCGACGACCACCAUUGGGGGAGAUAAUUGUUUCCGAACGAAAGUUACUCUUAAAGAAAUGAAAACUAAUGAGACUAUUUCUACGAAUGUUCCAGUUAAUGAAGUUAGUUCAACUACAACAACGAUAAUUACGAAGUUAAAAGGAUUCCUUCGGUCGAGCAAUAUGGCCUCAUCGAAAUCGAAAAAUCAGAUCAGGGACUCCUCUCAGAUGCGUUACAAACAUGUUAUCGUGCCAGAUGAUGAUACAUUCUACGAAUCGAAUUUAACAAAUUUUAAAACUAAAUGCGACAAGAGCGAUGAGGAUAAAGAUACACGGAAAUCAAUAAUACCGGCUUUGUUAUCAUCGGCGAAUGGCACUCUUGGAAACUCAACUUUUCCACUCGUCGAAUUGAGAUCUUCUGCUAUAAAAGAAAAGAAAACAAGGAGGAAUACUCUUCUGGAUUCCACCUCGAAAUUACUCUCCUCGAUAAAGGCGAAUUCUAAAGGACCGUAUUAUCAAACUUCCUUCAACUCGGAUAUGAAGGAACAACAGCAACGGAACUACGGAUCAUCUAAAAGUUCUGUUAAACGAUCGCUUUUAAGAGGUCACGAGAAUAACGACAAAUCUUUUCUAUUUUAUCCUCGCCAAAACCAACCACAACAUUUUCCUGAAUUGCUAUUGAAAAAUUAUGUACCCAACGAUACCGAUACGAAUACUGCACUUUUAUUAAACAACAAACAAAUCUUUUUGGAAAAAGAUAAAAAAAAGGAGAGAAAGAUCAAUGGUCGAAAUUCAAACGAUUUGAAAUUUCCCAGACAAGUAAUAAAAUCAAAAAUUUCGAUGGAUACUCCAUCAAUUGUGAAAAGAGAAAUGAAAAGAAAGAAGAAUCGUGUCAAGUCCAAUGGCAAAGCUAAUUUGGAAUCGCUCUUGAAAAAUCAUGCAUCCAAAGAGUCUAAAUUAGUAUCGAAGAAGAAAAAACAUGAUACACGAGAUUCAAAUGAUUCGAAAUCUCUUAGAAAUGUAAUUGAAUCGGAUGCAUCGAUAGAAGAAGAUUCGUCGAAUUUGAAAAGAGUAAUAGGAAGGGAAACUAGUCGUGUCAAAUCUACCGACAAAGAUAAUUUUCCAGAUCUCCAUAAACCAAAGAUAGAAAAACGUAAGAAAAAGAAGAUGGAUGACGAUGACAUAAAGAAACUAACUGGUAUACGAAGGAAGAAAAAAAAGAAGAAAAAGAAGAGAAAGAAAGCGAAGAAUCAGGAAAAUAUGUUCGACAUACCGGAGGUCAAAACUAAAUGGAGAUUGACGAAAAGAAAUUUAUUGAGUAUUUCAAACGUAAAAAGAAAAAUGAUAAUCGAUGAUUCUGAGAUCUUGAAAUUAAUAAAAAGAAAUUCGUUGAUUGUUCCGAAGAUAAAAAGAACAAAUAUGGAGAUAGAUGAUAAUGGAUUUGAGAUAUUGGGAUUGAUAAAAAAAAAUUUGUCAAGUAUUUCGAAAAUAAAUGAAGGAAUGAUGAUAAACGAAUCGAAGGUUUUGAAAUUGGCAAAGAGGAAUUUGUUGAGUAUUCAUGAAAAUAUUGGAAUGGACAAAUCAAAGAUCUUGAAAAUGAACGGAGAAACGUAUAAAGAAUCAAAAUCGAAUUUGAUAGGACAGAGGCAAUCUAAAACAGAUGGUAAACAAGUCCGUGGUGGACGGGAUUGUUCGAAUCGCGAUCAGUCGUUGGACAUUGACGAAUCGAAAUACUCUGAAUCUGCCCACUGCCUUCGCUUCAGUGAUCUGUGGUAUUCUGUUUAUCGCUUGGAUGAACCGAUAUUAGACCAAGCUGUGUCCCUUCAAUUAUAUGAAAAACGAAGUUUACCUGAUGGUACUACUCGAUGGGAGGAUUUAACUCGUUCAAUGAUUAGAUUAGAUAAUUUUGCAAGACGUUAUAGAAACAAUGACGACACUCUUGCCAUAACUUAUCGUGCUACAAGAGAAGUAUCAAAACAAUUUCCUGCUACUUUGGAUGUUAAAAAGGAUAGAUUGCUGAUACCAUCUUCUAUUUCUACGGGAAAAGAUUCCAAGAUCGGCCAAUCUAAAGAUGCAUUUGAAGAAUAUCUGAUUGUAAGAGCGAGCGAAAUCAGCAAGGAUGGAAACGAAUGCGACAAAGUUGGCGUGGGAUUUAAAGCAUUCGUUGAACAACCGGAUCGUUGUAGACGUCUUGAAGGAACCUGUUUGAAAAAUCAACCUUUAUCUUAUUGGAAACAUGACAGGGAAGCACGGGAAGCUGGGCGAGCUGGUUGUUACUUCUUGAGCAAUUUCGCGUCUGUGCCGAGAGAGGCCAUCAAGUACAACGUGAGCGGAAGCGGAAGCGGCGAGUUCCUUGCUCUGGAGUACCAUUCCCCGCACGUGUCUGCGAUCGACAUUGAAGUCAGGAACGACUACAAUAGCGUCGCCAGUGCAGGGCCAUUUGGACGUAUAACUCAUAUAUACGUGGACAGUACAUCUUUAAUACACACAAUCGUAAUGAUCGUGAUACGGAACGUGGGAUCAACACCGUCGAUUUAUCGUCCUAGAAUCGUUAACUGUCCUCAAGGACUUCCGGCAUCUUGGUCGAACGUGAAAGGCCUUGUGCAGAUAAUUUUACCACGACAAAAUAGAAGAAUAGUCUUUGAUCUCUACGGCGAACUUCCUUUCAAUGAAUUCGAAUGUACCGUGGAGCUGUUAGACCGUCUUGGGAAAACUGUGGCUACGAGAAGAAUGAAAGUACGAAGAAUGGAUCGUUGCUUUUGCGUUUGGCACUGUCUCUGCGCUUGCGUUGCCGUAGCUGAUGGCUGUCGACCGAUGUCAACGACGCAUUAUCACGCAGCUGGAUUUCAGUCUCCUGUACCAAACGUUCCAAUGAAAUCUUCUUCCUUCGAUGGAAGUUUCUUCGACGUUAUAUUCUUACUUCUCUCUAUAUUGGCACUUCUCCUUUUCAUGGGUGUAUCAAAGUGGAUCAUAGGAAUCUACAUUCCUGAAGUUAGUCGUUGGGGAUUGGAUACUUUGCUUAAAACAACCAAGAUGAGCGAAUAUUUUGAAGAUGAUUUAAAAUGCAGAUGUAUCGUUACUGAUGAAUCAGGUUUUCCAGUUCAUCCAGAUACAGGAAAUAGAUCAAUCAGGAUUUGCAGCAGAAAAACAGAGUUUCUCUUAAAUGUUAUAUUCUUCUUAGUUUAUCCAAUUGCAGUUAGUUGGCACCAUAUAAAGAAAUUCAUUAGUAAUGAAAAUGGAAGUUAUUGUACGGACGAGUCCAAAACAUGCCUGACAAGCGACAAAGACGAGUAUGAGAACCUAGUAACAGUGUGCACGUACGGCGACAGCAAAAAUUCUAAAAUGGAAGCGGAUGAUACGAAUUAUGUCAUGAACGAGCUAAAGAAAUCUCAAGAAUCUUUACAAGAAUAUAAUAGAUACAAAAGAUAUCGUUGCUGCAUGGAAGGAAGAGAUAGAAAUAGAAAUGAUUAAGAUCUAUACCAAUCGAUCGAUGAAUCAUUAUUGUGAUCACUAUAGUGACUUGAUACAACCAAAUGAAUUACUGUUAACGAUGAUUGAUCGACAAGAUAAGGAGAUAGAAUUCUUGAUCGAUGAAGAUCUUCUUCCCACCUUCAUUCCUGCCACUACACUCCCCCCCCCCUUUCCUACCCCUCCCAGCGGGGGCUACAUCCUCUUUAACCCGUCCGUUCUUCCUCCUCCCUUUCCCGCACCGUUCACUCUCAUCUUAGAAGAUUUCAUCUUUAUUAAAGAAAUGUAUAUAGACUAUAAGCAAAGCAUAAAACACUUAUAAAGUUUAACAUCGAAAGUUUGCUUCGAUACUCGUUAGAAAAAGUUGCAUAUCUCUCAGAGGUAGCGUUUUCCUUCUGAAUUUUCGAAACGAGCUCAAAGAGAGAGAGAACUACAAAGUUUCUGCCUCUCUUAAUAACGAACGAACGAAGAAAAUGCACGACGAAAUCUUCUCGUAACCGGAGUUAAACCGAAUUUUGUUUGUCCGUAUAGUAACUCGGUAAUUCAUUCGCCAUUUACAUUCGGAAUAUUUAAAUGUUUUACAAAUUUAUUUGUAUACGUUAUUAUUAUUAUUAUUAUAAAAUGAUUUUUAAUAUAAUCCAUAUACAUAUUAUAAUAUAUUUGUUAAAUCAAUCUUAUCUUAUACAAAUGAAAUUGGGGUGA